UGCCACGGGGAGACGUCAUCAUCCUGCGACUUGUAACAAGAUGGCGUAAACAAUCAUGGCGGAUAUGUUGAAGUCGUUGUCAGCGAUCGAAGGUGAAGUGAAGUGUCAACAGGGGGCAGUAUUCUCUUGUGGUUCAUCCUUAUUGCCACUGGAAGAAAUCUAAAGAGAAAAAUGAGACCCAGUUUGUCUCUCAGCAUUCCCGGCCGGUCUUGUACGCCGGCCACCGGGUGGGAGGUCCGGCGGACCUCCAGCCUAUCACCGCGCGGAGCUCCACGAGGAGGAGGAGGAGGAGGAACCGGGCCCAGGGAGGGCCUCGAUCCGCCGCACCUGCGGCCGUGCAACGUCAGCGUCCCCCCCCCGCCGGGAAGGUGCGCAAAAGCGGGAAUGUGGGGACCCCCGGGCCGCCGGGCUUGGACCUGCUGAGAGUUGUGUGUAAAAGCAGCUGAUCGCCCCCCCCCCCACACCCGCGAAAGGAAAGGAACUCGGUGAACGUCAUCCCUCAUUUCCAUACGUGCGAGAAACCCCCCCCCCAGAUCCUCCCCCUGACAUGCGCAGUCGCCGCCGGGGGGAAGCCGGAGGGGGGGGGGCAAUCCACAGUUUAGCCUCCUCUCGGCCAGCCAGCAGCGGCGCCGGCGACAUGUCCCGGCGCAAGCAAGCCAAGCCGCGGCACCUCCGCGCCGGCCACGACGAGCCCCGGACCGGCCUCCGCCUCCUCCGCCGUGACGACUCCGUGGAAGACGUGGAGAGAGACCACCCCAGCGGGACAGGAAGUUCCCCCGGCGGCGACGACACGCACGUUUGCCACCGAUGCUGCGCCGAAUUCUUCACUCGGCCCGAGCUGACCGAGCACGGGAAGUCCUGCGCCAGGGAUCGCUCGGUGUUGAUCGUGAGAGACGGCGAAGGCGGGGCUGCAGAGUCCCCGACGGGACCGUCGCCGGUUCCCAGCGUGGGGUCCGGGGGCUCGUUGACGGGAGAGUCGGCGGUGACCGACAAUGACAGCCUCGAUGAGGCUAUGGAGGUAGAACUUCAGCCUCGGGGCAAAUCCACCUCUUGCCCACCACCGCCAGAUUCAGCCGAGACCCCGCAGGCUCUGCCGAGCACCAACGUGACCCUGGAGAUCCUCCACAGCACCAGGGUGGCCGUCGCCCAGUUCUCACAAGGGGCGGCCGGUGCCCCAGGCGGGCGGUCGGCCUCAGCUGCCAUCCCGGUCAUCCUGGAGCAUUUGCUGGCUCUGCAGGAGCAACAAGUCCACCAGCUCCACCUGAUCGAGCAGAUCUGCAGCCAGGUGGCCACCAUGAACAGGCAGCCGAGCGAGGAGGCUUUAAACCCCACCUCCAGUGCCUCUCCCCUCGUGGCGAAACCUUACCCACCUACCCUCCUGCCGCCGCCAGGAAACCCGUCCCAUAACGUCAACAGCCAAGCUGGUGGUUCGCUGUCCGCGCCUGAAAAGUCUCAAAGACUUCCCUCACAAACUGAAUGCAGGCAGGCGGUCUUCAGAGACGCGGUGUGCACUUCGGCCUCUUCCUCAGAAAGCUCAACUCCGUCCCUCUCCGGUUGUCGCAACGUCUCCGCAUUAAUGUCUCGUUACGCUGGCUCGCAUCCAAGCGGCAGCGCUCGUAGCCUGAGCUCCCCGAGUCCUCUCUCGCUAGGGCCGGGUGGCCUCCCCUUCCCACCUCACAGCCCCCCCAGCAGUGUCAUCUUCCCCAACCCUUUAGCCAGCAUCGCCGCCGCGGCCAAUCCGCUCGACCCGCUGGCGGCCAUGAUGAAGCACCGGAAGGGGAAGCCUCCCGGUGCAUCGUUGAUUGAAACAAAGCCUGGCCCCGAGGAGUCCUUCUUCAAGCAUAAAUGCCGCUUCUGUGCCAAAGUGUUUGGCAGCGACAGCGCCUUGCAGAUCCACCUGCGCUCCCACACUGGAGAGCGCCCCUUCAAAUGCAACAUCUGCGGCAACCGUUUCUCCACUAAGGGCAACUUAAAGGUGCACUUCCAGAGACACAAGGACAAGUAUCCUCAAGUCCAGAUGAACCCCUACCCUGUGCCAGAGUAUCUGGACAAUGUGCCAACCAGCUCCGGGAUUCCCUACGGAAUGACUGUGCCACCAGAAAAAGCCGCCUCUUCCUGGCUGGACACCAACCCCGUCUUAGUGACCAUGCCAGCGUCUGUGGGUCUUCCACUUUCCUCCACUCGGACCACCGUCGGUUGCUCCAGUGAGUCCUCAGGUGGAGUACCAUCUCUUCAAUCCCUGCACCAGCCGGCUUCUGGCGAGUCUGUGUCACCGAGAGACAGCGAGGCUCGACUAUCUCCGGUUUCAGACACUCAGCAGUCCAAACAAGAGCAAGAGAGAUCCAGUAACAUAAAGACAGAGGAGGUACACCUGCCGCAAACCUGCCCUAACAUCCCGAGAGGUACUCCAGUCACCCAGGCUACCACGCCGGACCCUGUACCAUCGGGAUCUCCCGCAUCCAGCUCCUCAUCGCCGCUCCCGGUAAACCCGGAUGAUUUCUCUCCUGGCAGCCCCCUGGACCCGAUGCAAACUUCGGAAACCUCAAAACUGCAGCAGCUCGUGGAGAACAUCGACAAAAAGAUGACGGACGCCAACCAGUGCGUCUUGUGCAAGCGAGUCCUCAGCUGCCCGAGUGCCCUGAAAAUGCACUAUCGUAUCCACACGGGCGAGAGACCCUAUAAGUGCAAGGUUUGCACCCGGGCCUUCACCACCAAAGGCAACCUGAAGGCCCACGUGGGCGUUCACAGGGAGAAUCCUCCGGUACAGCUGCAACACUCGUGUCCCAUUUGCCAGAAGAGGUUCACCAACGCCGUGGGCCUCCAGCAGCACAUUCGCAUCCACACUGUCGAGCAGAUUCCGGACCCGGCUCUGCUCGAUGGAUUUCUAGAGCCGGCUGGAGAGAAUGAGAAGAACUUGGAUAGUCCCGGCAGCAACGACCUCGCCGAUGAUGUCUCCAUGGAGGGUGACGUCACAGAGGAAGGACAGCAUGUAGAAAACGUGGUCAGUUCUCCAAAAUCUUCUCCGGAGUACCAUCUGACUGACUCCACGACGAGCUUCAGCAACUCCUUUGGGGAUAAGAACAGCAAUGAUGACCAGAUCCAGAUUGAAUGCUCUUUAACUGAGAAAGGGAUGGAAAACCUCGGCACCACUAGCGCCCCUGCGACGCCACCUCUAUCGCCUGCACAGAAUACUGACUUCCGGGAACUUUUUGCAGCAUCUGUGAAGAAAGAACCAAUUGAAUCUCCUGCCUUUGCCCCCUUAGAACUGAACGGAACACAAAGGAUCCCCCACCUAGUGAUCAGCGGGUCAACGAGAUCAAUACAGACCGAAGUGAACGGUUACACCGAACCAUACCCGCCGACGUUUGCCAUCAAUUUGUCGGCCACCUACCCGUCAGUCACCGGCCCCGGAAUAGCCGCCCUGCUGGCGCCGGCGCCUCCUCGCCGGGCUGCCAAGCACCACAACUGCAGCGCCUGCGGGAAGAACUUUUCCUCGGCCAGCGCCCUUCAGAUCCACGAGCGCACGCACACCGGCGAGAAGCCCUUCGUCUGCUCCGUCUGCGGCCGAGCCUUCACCACUAAGGGCAACCUGAAGGUUCACAUGGGAACGCACAUGUGGAGCAACGCUCCGGCCAGGAGGGGGCGGCGUCUCUCGGUGGACAACCCCGUGGCCCUGCUGGGCUCCGACGCCGUCAAGUUCGACCUGGCCGCCCGGGCCGUGCGCGUGGACGCCGGCCUCUGGAGCCGCUACGCCGGCGCCGUCGCCGGCAGCCUGGCCGCGAAGAACAACGAGAUCUCGGUGAUCCAGAACCGAGGCGCGACGCCGCUGCGGCCCUUCCCCUCCGGCACGGACAGAGCCAACGGCGCUGCCGGGCCCGUCGCGAGCCUCUCCAAGAACGCUGUGGAACUGGCCAGCAACAGACAUUUUUCUAUGCUGAUUGAUGACAGUAAAGAAAUCGGAAUCAACUGAUGCAAUCGCUUGUGGACAUUAAAGUAUUUGUAAAACA